UGACUUUAUCAGUCCAAGGACAUCAUUCAUCUGUAAAGGGGGGGAAGUUUGAUCCUCUUUCUCACGGAUCCCACUAACGGGAGUUUCUUACCCCCUGCUCGCCGAGCCUGGGACUAUUAUCUGGCGUUUUCAUUAUUUUUUCGUGAAGUAUUUAGUUUAUUAAAUGUUCCGUGUUAGUUCAGACGAAAUUUCGCUUUUACAGCGUGCGUGAUUUAACUUUCGUCCGCUAAACCUGGGGUUUCAAAUCUACAUCCCUCUUCUUCUUCGUUUAAUUUUUUUGGCCGAGCCCCAUCACUAUGCUCCUCGAUAGUGGUCCACAGUUUCCAUCGCUUGGAGUUGGAGGCUUCGGAACGCCGAGACACCAUGAUCUCGGGAACCGAGAGCCCGGACUGGGGCUCAACCCCUUCGCGGACUCGUCCCAUUCAGCUGCGUUUAAAAUUAGCUCCGUUACACACGAUAUCGCCCCGAGCCAGACGUCGGCUUUCACCCCGCAAGCAACCGGAUAUGCAGCUGCGCUCGGACACCACCAUCACGGAGGGCAGGUCGGUUCCUACGGUGGAGGCGCGUUUAACUCCACGCGAGAUUUCUUGUUCCGAAACAGGAGCGACUCGACGGCCACAAGCGCGCAGCACGGGAUCUUCGCCGCUUCUGCCGGGAGUCUCCACGCACCGCCUGGAAUCUCGGACAACCCGGGCCACCUUCUGUUCCCAGGACUUCACGAGCAAAGCGUGAGCCAUACUUCUCCUGGAGGACAUGUAGUAAACGGACAAAUGCACAUUGGUUUGCGUGGGGACCUUUUCGGGCGGCCGGAUCCGUAUCGUCCUGUUCCGAGUCCGCGCGCGGAUCCUUACGGUGCCGCUCCGCUCCACAAUUACAAUCACCCCAUCAACAUGAACGUGGGAAUGAACGUGCCCACGCACCACGGGCCAGGCGCCUUCUUCCGCUACAUGCGGCAGCCCAUAAAACAAGAGUUGUCCUGCAAGUGGAUAGAUGAGAAUCAAAUAAACAGGCCCAAAAAAACUUGUGACAGAACUUUCAGCACCAUGCACGAGAUGGUCACACAUGUGUCUAUGGAGCAUGUCGGCGGGCCCGAGCAGAGCAACCAUGUUUGCUAUUGGGAAGACUGCCCAAGAGAAGGGAAAUCGUUUAAGGCCAAAUACAAACUAGUGAACCACAUCAGAGUGCACACCGGGGAGAAACCGUUUCCUUGUCCUUUCCCCGGUUGCGGGAAAAUUUUUGCAAGAUCAGAAAAUUUAAAAAUCCACAAAAGGACGCAUACUGGCGAGAAGCCGUUUAAGUGUGAGUUCGAGGGCUGCGACAGGCGCUUCGCAAACAGCAGCGACAGAAAAAAGCACAUGCACGUGCAUACUUCUGACAAGCCCUACAUCUGCAAAGUAUGCGACAAGUCCUACACGCACCCAAGCUCACUCAGGAAACACAUGAAGGUCCACGAGUCACAAGGUUCGGAGUCAUCUCCAGCAGCCAGCUCCGGGUACGAGUCCUCCACGCCGCCUGUGCUGGUUUCAACAAACUCAGAAGAUCCUACCAAAACGCCUGAAACAACCGUGCAAAGCGCAUCAACACACAGCGACGCAUUAGCGCCCAACUUCAACGAAUGGUACGUUUGAAGAUCCGAGUAGACUCUUAUUGCGGACCAAAAGGUUCAGGCAACCUUUAAAAACACAAAACACUAUUCACACCACGGUGAACAAAAUGACAGUGGAACAACACGAAGAACUGAGAGUUCGCCACAGCAGGCCUCGUUCGUUCUCAGGAUCCAAAAUUUGACUUUUAUUCCGAGAUCGAAGGGAAAAAAAAACAAACAAUAAAUACUUACACUUUCUAUGAAUAAAUAAAAAAUGUUUUCGGUUUAGUUUUCAGAUUACAGAUAAUUAUUUUAUUUUUAAUUUUAUGUAUUUUAUCAAAAGUUUAUUUUAAAAAUAAACAAAACUGAAAUAAUAUUUCACGGUGUUUUUAUAUCGGCGACGUCCGUGUCGCCCUUUGAUUGUUAAACUUCAGACAGUCUUACGAAAUGUGCCAAAGUCUUUGUCUUGAACUUGAACAAGAGCAGCAACAAGAAAAAGAAAAUAAGUAUAUAGCCUAAUCGUGAAUGUAUUUCCUUGUUUGAUGGAGUCGAAUCUGUUGUCCACGUCUGUUUUGAAAUGGAGAAAUGUGGUAGUACGAUUGUUACAGUUGACUAUGAUAUUGCCUUUUGUUAGUAACGAUGUAAAUACAUAUCCAUGAUGCCAUAUUUAUCGAUUUGUAAUUUAAUUGUCGGCAAAGAGCCGAAUCUUAAAUGAUAUUUAUGGAAAUGUUUUCUAACAAGAUUGUACAGUGUUGAGUCAGAACUUGACCAGCUUAACAUUGAAACAAGGUCAUAGACUCUAAAAGCUUCCUUCACGCGAUUGUAACUUUUUUUAACCAAUAAACGUGUCUUAUCUGGAUCAAAAAUAUCAACUAUGAAUAUAAUGAAUUAACUUUUUUUUUCUCUAAAGUUUAUAGUAUUGUAUAGGUUAUUCCAAGUACUUCGAGCUCCUAAGAGUACUGAUAGAGCAAACAGGCAAAAAAAAUCUUAAGUGAGUGAUAAAUAGAUAUAAAGCGAUAAUUACUUUUGUGUAUUCUUUAAACUCUUAGUACGGAGUAUACUACAUUACCAUAAGGAACUUCUAGGGACAAAUUGGAAAGGCCCAUUAGCCAGUUAUUCACUGGCUCCUCACAUUUCGAUAAGAUUCUCAGCUGUGUUAUGCAACAGCAUUUAGCUUUCAUCCAUUAACUUUUUUAACUCAAGUGUUAAAACACCCGAUUCCCAGGGCAAAGCCCAGUCAUUUGGGUCAAUAUAGUAUUCCACUUUUGAUGGUUACGGUUCUGUAUGUUUUAUGUUUCCAGCAAGAACUGUCACAACAGAGUAAUCGCAAAUAAAACUUUUUUUUUCAGUC